GAGAAUUGAAGCUAUUGUAGCUUUAUUCCCAAUUUGUAUUAUUACUCAACUGUAAUUGCAGUAUUAUAUUAAACCUUCCGGCUUUGUAUAUUCCAAUUUAAUUCUGAUAUAGUUGUUAAAACCAUGUCGGAAGGAUUCGGAUAUCUGCCGGACCUGCUGCAACUGAGUCAGCAGCAAGUUAAACGAUCUCUUCGAAGAAAACCACCACCACCAUUGCCAGAUAAAGUCCCCAUAGAGCCCACAUGGCCAAUGCAUAGUGAAGUACCCACUUCACGUUUAGCCCCACAAAUCCCACCAAGACCGUCUACUAAAGUUGAUACUUCAUUGACUCUGACUUCAAGACCUUUAAAUGGACCACGAGAUUGGCAUUCAGUACCCGACAUUUUGGCAGAUGUCUCUUUUGUAGAUGACUCGUUCAAUGGGUCAUUUAUAUCCAUGGAGAGCCCAAAGCCUAUGGGUCCCAAGACACUCCCUGAAUAUGAAUACUCGGAUACAACAAUUGGACUGGGUCAAGUACUAGAUAAUCGACGUCCACCGCAUCAAGAUAUUCUCCCAUAUCCAAUUGAUGACUUGGGACUGGUAUUACCAGAUGAAUUGACUAACGGUGGUUACUAUGAAGAUGAGAUCUAUCAACCACAAUUCCAACAACAAAAUUUGAGUCCAAAUAAUACGUCCCAAAUAAUACAUCAAUCUAUGCAUACCCCCACAAGGAAGAUCCCUCCACUCAUUCAAACUUCUUCGCUUAGUAUCCCAGCAGGGUCAACUUCUGCUCCUAUUCUCCCACCCAGAACACAGUAUCAAAGUUGGCCCGGUGCGACUAUUGAAGAUAAUUCUCUGAUAUUUAAUCCUAGUCCGUCUCCUGUUGUUGCCGCUCGAUACCAACAGGGUACUAGUCCAACAAGUCCAAAUCGUCUUAGACAAACUUCUCCUAAUAGAACUCGGAUAAUGGGAACCAGUCCAACAUCUCCUAGAAGAAAAGGAGAUGGGUUUGGAAGUAAUUCCAGUAGUCGAUCCCCUUCCCCUAGAAAACGAUAUUAUGACAAAUCACCAUCUCCCAAAUACAAUGGAUUUAAUGAUGGUUCUUAUUACGAGGACCAAGAUGAUUCUUAUGAAUACGAUGACGCACUGUUUGAAUACCCACAGGGCCAAGGACUUUGGAAUGAGACUUCGAGAAAUUGGGACUUUGAUGAUGAGUACAAAUUUUACGAUGAUGAAGUUGAAACAGAUGCUCAAACUAGUCCAUCUUCAACUUUUUUCGAUUAUUCUGCACUUCCUGAAAUUCCAAAUUCAAUGACGACCAUAGAAUCUGCAUCUUCAUCUCCUAAACGUAUGACCCUUACGUCUGCGAUGUCUUUUGUCAAGAAGCCAGGCAAUCUCAAUUCCCCAUCGUUGACUUCUCUCAAUAGAAAACGUUUGGAGUCAGACUUACCUCCUAUUCCAUUAGAUCUACCACAAUUACCAUUUUCGUCAUCGUCACUCGUGUCUCAACAUUUUUCUGCGUGUGAGCGUGUAUGGUCAAUGAGUAACAUUUUUCAAUGGUGUUUAAAGUUGAAAACAUGGCUUCAUGAUCUGUUUAUUUCAAAGAGAGAGUUCAAGAAGGCAUUGAUCAAAUUAUUGGUAUUUCAUCGUAGUGAUAUCCCAUUGGAUAUCAUUGGACAAAAUGUGGAUCAUAUUAUUGAGGCAUUGGUUCAAGCUGGGGGUAUUCAAUAUAUGAAUGAUGAAGUACACAAUUCAAAUACAAACAAGAAGGAGCGUGGAAUUCAAUUGGUUGAGAAUGCCUAUGUAAAUGGGGUAUUGCCUGAAUUGCUUGGAUGUUAUUGUAACGAUCGAGAUCAUAGAUCAACGUCUAGUUCUGAUGUUAAACUUAGAUGCUAUUCUUCACAAUGUUAUAUGAAUAAAAUCAUUGAACAUCAAAUUAUGUUGAAGAACACAAAUAUUCACGAUAUUAUCCUUGGUGAAGACUGGUCUUCCCAUUGGAAAUUAACAGCUGAAGAUUUACGAAGAUACGAUAAAAGUGUCUCUAAAAGACAAUCACUCAUCUACGAUUUACUUAAAUACGAACAAACAUUUAUUCAAAGAGGUGAAUGUUUUGUUAAAAUUGUUGGGCCUGAUUUCAUUCGUGCCUCGACAAUUCUUCUUGGGGCAAAUAGUAUAACUCUGAUAAAUUCAUUUGAAGAUGAUAUACUUAAACCAGGUGCAGAGCUUGUAAAAAUUCACCAAGAGACUUUAAUGGAACCCCUUUUGAGAAUUUUAUUAUCUGAUGGGAAGUUCAUUCAAAAAAUAGUUGAAAUUGCCGACUUAUACUAUCAAUGGUCAGAAGUAGUCAAAAUAUCGUUGCUCAAGUACAUUAGUACUGUUCCAAUGAUUGAAGAUCUUUUCAAGAAUCCUAAGAUUAAAAAAUGGGUUGAUAAUGUCCGUAACACUCCACGAGUCAAGGAAUUGAAGGUUAAUGGACCUUUACUUUUCAUGAGUACUUUCAACUCAAGAUAUCAACAACUUCCAUUACAACUUGGUGAUAUCCGAUCUCUGUACGACCCAGAAGAUCAAGAAUAUAUUUCUCUUACACGAGCUAUAGAGGCAUUGAAGAAACUUGGAUCAAAAGUCAAUGAAAUGAAACAUCAUUCUGAUAACAUUUUUGAAUUGAAACGAAUUAGUAAACAGUUACUUUGGAAGAACAAUGUCAAUACUGCUGAUGUCAAUUUAGGAUCAGAAAAUAGACGCUUUUUCUAUCGUGGUGAUGUUACUAGAAAGGGAGAUUUGAAAAUUAAUUCAAUCAAUAAUCAUCUUAUUUUAUUGGAUAAUUUCUUAUUUAUUACAGAAAGAGUUAAGAAUCUGAAAAAUCAACUAAGUUAUAGAGUAGUUGAAAAUCCUAUCCCAGUGGAAAUGCUUCUUGUUGAAAUUAAGGAAACCCCAAAUUCUCAACUAGGAAAUACUAGUUCGACAACACUUGAUCCAUUGGGACUGGCUGGUAAUGCCAAGGGUUCAGAUGAUGAUGAGGAAUCGACUUUUCUGUUUAAGGUGCGAUACGCUGGACGUGGUAAACAUAAUGCUUAUGUAUUCACAACUAAAUCUGAUCGAGAACGUCGAACUUGGAUAGGUGCAUUUAUCAAAGCAAGAAGUAAUUUAUGUGAGAGGUUAAGUAAGACUGAGGCAUAUUCAGUUCAGCCUAUUGGUAGUAGUUGCUUUGCGUAUGAAUCAAAUAACCGAGUUUUAAAAUUACAAGUGUGUGCACCAAAUGAUCCCAUUGAACCAGCAGCUACUGAAUCACAUAAUAAAAUGCAAAAAAUGGGGUGUAAUGACAUUUAUGCAUUUGGUAAUGCUAAAUAUCAUCUUGUUUUUGGGAAGAUUCAGAGUUUGGAAUUAUUUGAAUACAAAGGUACCAAGUUUUAUUUGGCAGGUCUUGAUACAGGUAUUUACUGUUCUGACUUGAAAAAUGGAUGGAAAAAGAUUUUACAUGGACCUGAUAUUUCAAAGAUAGCAGUUGAUCCUAGUAUUAACAUUGCUGUUGUUUUAGGAAAUAAAAGUCUUCGAUAUUAUCUCUUGGAUCUGCUCAUUGGAGUAUAUCUUGAUAAGCGAGAAAAAAUUACUGGAGUGUCACUUUCUAAUGAACCAAUUUCAUUUUUUGCUCUUGGAAGACAUAGAGAAAUAACAAUGCUUUUCUAUGCAAAGAAGAAAAGUAAUUCUGCAACUACAAACUUUAAAGUAUUAAUUCCAGAAACUGAUAAUGAUGGGGUUUUCAGUGCUUUUAAAGUUGCAAAAAAAUUCUAUGUUCAAGCAGAUUGUUAUGGAAUAUCUGUAUUUAACUCAUCGUUUGCAGUAUUCACCAAUAAAGGAUUUGAAAUUUUGGAAUUGGAUAAGCUUUUACCAAGAUCUAUUCCUGAAGUGCCAGUAGUUGAUGCUUCACUGAAAAAAAUUGAUGGAUAUGGUAGAAAAUCUACAUCAUCGAAUCUGAAUGGUUUAACACAUCAUCCAGGCAUUGACAUUAUCCGGAAAUACAUUCAAACAGGGACGGUUCGUCCAAUGGGAAUGUUUAAAUUGUCUAAUAAUACUGAAUUUCUACUUGUGUAUAAUGAUUGUGCUGUGUUUACAAAUAAGCAUGGAAAAUUAUCAAGAUACCUGAUGCUUCGAUUUGAUUUCAGAGCCAAGAAAAUUGCAUUUCUCAAUAAUAAUCUUUUGGUGGCAUGCGAUGAAAUUUUAGAAAUUUGGUCUAUUAGUGAUUUUGUAAAUGGAUCUAACAAACUUAUUCAAGUUAUUACUGGGAAAGAUUUAUCUAUUGUUAGUGAUGGAGAUGAAGUUUGUGUUGCAUUAGCAAAUCCAAAGGUUCCUGGACUUCAGCUUUUGUUACAACUUGUACCAAAAUCAUCAGGAAUUUACUAAUACAAUACGUUAUAGGGACACAAAAAUAAAUCUAUAUUAAUAAAG